AUGGAAGCUUCGAACAAUGGCAUUAUCAGAGUGGCUGCAGAGAUAGUAAACAGUCCGGGAGCAGCUUUUCGACUUGCUCGAAAUAAGUUUGGAAAUUAUGUGAUUCAAGCAGCAUUAAAGAAGACUAAGGAACAAGGUUUCAAAAGCUUUUAUGACGCUAUUGUGAGACGUCUGGAGCCUCAUCGCAGAGCACUUCGUCAAACUGCAGGCGGAAAGAAUGUGUUGAGUAUUGUGGAAGCUGAUGACAUUCCUUUCCAGAGUGCUGAAGAACAAAACCAUUCAAGUGUCAUUAGGCGUAAUGCAGUGCGAAAUAUAUACCGUCUGCAGUAUCAGCCCAGCUCUCUCCAAUCCCACCGCUGCGCCAAGAUUAAACCCUUCGAUAAACCUAGGUUUCUCACAACGCUGUCUGUAAUCAACGCUCUUGCUAAUUAUUCAAGACCCUCUAGUUCCGGUCAAAGUCGAGGCUUAUGCGCCGAGGUCGGGAGGUCGGGCGAGAUUCACGUCAUUGUGGGACCUAUGUUCGCUGGAAAAACUACCACCCUUCUUAAGAGAAUGAAGUCCGAGAGCAGUAAUGGCAGAUUUCAGGGUGACUCCAUAAAGAAUUCCUGCCAUUUGGAUAGAACAUUGAAGGACCUCUGUUUCACGGGGAGAGUUAAAGAAGCUGUUGGAAUAUUGUGUUGCACAGGGGUGAAAGUAUUUCCCGAAACCUAUUCACUUCUAUUGCAAGAAUGUAUUUUCAGGAGAGAAUAUAAAAAGGGCAGAAGAAUUCAUUGGCAAAUGGUGGUGGUUGGAUUUAUUCCUGAGGAAUAUCUGAAGAUUAAGCUUUUGAUUUUGUACGCAAAAGCUGGAGAUUUGGAUACUGCCCACAUUCUUUUUGACAUGUUGGUAAUGAAAACUUUAAUUUCAUGGAAUUCAAUAAUUGCAGGAUACGUGCAAAAGGGGCUGGAGGAGGUGGGAUUGAGUCUUUAUCACAGAAUGAGACAAUAUGGUUGGAUGCCAGACCAGUAUACAUUUGCCUCUGUCUUCAGGGCUUGUUCCUCUUUAGCCAUUCUGGAGCAGGGCAAACAAGCUCAUGGCAUAUUGAUUAAGAGUCAAAUUAGUGGAAAUGUUGUAGUUAGUAGUGCACUUAUGGAUAUGUAUUUCAAAUGCAGCAACCCCGAGGAUGGGUUUCAAGUAUUUGUUAAGUCGUUGGAAAGGAAUGUUAUAACCUGGACGUCUUUGAUAUCUGGAUAUGGCCUGCAUGGGCAAGUUUCUGAGGUUUUGGAUUCUUUCCAUCAGAUGAUAAAUGAAGGUUUCAAACCGAACCAAAUCACAUUUCUUGCUGUGCUUUCUGCAUGUAGCCAUGGAGGUUUGGUCGAUGAAGGACGGGAAUAUUUUUUGUCAAUGAUGAGAGAUUAUGGUGUUCAGCCUAGAGGGAAACAUUAUGCAGUCAUGGUUGAUCUUUUGGGGCGUGCUGGUAGAUUAGAGGAGGCUUACACGUUUGUUGAAAUGUCACCUUGUAAAGAUCACCCAGCAGUAUGGGGUGCUUUGCUUGGUGCAUGUUUAUGGAAAAAUGUUGCAGAGAUUAGGAGUGUAAUGAAAGGAUCUGGUAUAAAAAAGGAAAGUGUGGCAAUAAUAAAAUCAAACAAAGAUACUAGGUAUGGGUUAGACUCUAUUGUGACACAUGAUGGAGAAAAGUUGCCAUGUUUGCCAUUAUCAGACCUCUCAUUAUUCCAAGAAAAAUUGGGUGCUGAAGUGUAUGAUAAGCUAGAGGUGAUUGGUAUUGAUGAAGCACAGUUUUUUGAAGGCCUAUAUGAUUUCUGCAGCAAAGCUGCUGAUCAUGAUGGGAAGACUGUAAUUGUUGCUGGUUUGGAUGGCGACUAUUUGAGAAGGAGCUUUGGUUCAGUACUUGAUAUAAUCCCCAUUGCCGAUUCUGUUACUAAGUUAACUGCUCGAUGUGAGGUAUGUGGUAAACGGGCUUUCUUUACUUUGAGGAAGACAGAUGAGACUAAAACGGAACUCAUUGCUGGGGCUGAAGUAUAUAUGCCUGUGUGCCGUCAGCACUAUGUAAGUGGUCAAGUGGUUAAAGAGACUACAAAAGCCGUCCUCGAGUUACAGAACAGGCAGAUUAGCUCGAUUUUAUAGGCAUUGCCUGUGAUUUACAAACGGGUUCUGCCUUGUUACAUUUUUGUAUUAAUCUGCCUGUAUUAAGUUUACAAUUGAAGCUGGUUGUUCCUACUCUUAUCACAUUAACUGGUAUUAUGUAUUAGCAAUCAAAUUCUGUCAAAUGCAGGCAUCUUUAUCCUUGUUUCAA